AUGAAGUCAAGCAAUGUAUUACUUGACAAUGAAAUGGAGUCAAGAGUCUUGAAUUUCGGAAUGGCAAGACUAAUAAGUGCACUUGAUACACAUCUCAGUGUAAGCACACUAGCAGGAACACCUGGAUAUGUUCCACCAGAGUAUUACCAAAGUUUCAAGUGCACUGCAAAGGGUGAUGUUUAUUCAUUUGGUGUUGUAAUGUUGGAACUUCUUAAUGGGAAAAAGCCUGAUGAUAAGGAGGAUUUUGGUGACACAAACUUGGUUGGAUGGGUUAAGAUUAAGGUGCACGAAGGGAAACAAAUGGAUGUAAUUAACACUGAUUUACUUUUGGAGACUCAAGGAGGAACAAAUGAAGCAUAA